AUGGUCGGACCGAACUUAUCGGGGCCAACACAACCGUACUUUUGGACGCAUCUUGUGCUUCAAUCAAGCACGUGCGAGCCGGCGGUCAGGCACUCCCUCAUUGCGAUCAGCUCACUCUACGAAGAUAUCAGCAACGCUAGAACCAAUGGGACUUCUUCGAGAGCCAAGCAGCUUCGUCUUAAUAGUCUGGCUCUGACGCACUACAAUGCGGCGAUCAAGGAACUCAUAAAUAUCACAGAUCAGGGGCUGGUUCUGUUGAUUUGUAUUCUCCUCAUCUGCAUUGAGCUGUUGCAGUUAGACAGAGACGCUGCUCUUCGACAUUACAGACACGGAAACGCUAUUCUUGACUUAUUUGACCCGGAAGGCACAUCCUGGGUUUGCGAGUGGCUGAGGCCGCAGUUCCACCGGCUACAGACCUUGCACUACUUUUUCGGCGACAGAUCUGAGUCUUCCGUUCAGCAUGACAUGCUGAGACAGACACCGGUCUUCUUCUCAACGCUUAAAGAAGCGGAAGAAACUAUCGACAACAUUUUUAAUCACUCGUUUCAACUUGUGCGCCGUGGUGCUAGCUUCCGUGUUGGCGGUCAGCAACACGAGCAGCCUGGUCCAGAUCUUCUGGAAGAGCAAAGAAGACUAAGGCAUCUACUCAAUGUCUGGUUCACCGUAUUCAACAAUCUUGAAGCGAAAUCAACUUGUCAAUCAAUGUCUAUCACGGCAGUUCAGCGCGCCUAUUUGCUAUCCAAAUACAGGCUUUGCCGUAUUUGGACGGCCAUGGUUUUCAGCCCUUCCGAGAUGGACUACGACAAAUACGAAGACGAUUACCGACGAAUGAUCGAGGGCCCGGGGCAAGCAGCCGAUGAACGCACCAGGAGCAGGAGCCGCAACAACUUUGAGUUCGAAAUGGGAUUCUUAGUUCCCAUCUUCUUCAUGACUAUCAAAUGUCGAUACCUUGAUUCGCGCGUUCAGGCAUUGCAUUACCUCAAGGUCCUUGCAGCGCCCCGGGAGGCCUUGUGGGAGAAAGACGGAGUGUACGCCCUUGCGCGCCGAAUCAUCGAGAUUGAACAUGGGUUGUUUCUGAACACAGACGGGAAGCCAUCAGUCACCCUCGGCUCAACAUGCUGGGGACUGCCCCCGGAUGAGAAGAGGGUUGUGCAUGUUGUUACCGGGUGGACGGGAGAGCGUUCGAAAGACUUUUUUGGGCAUCAAGUACAAGGGCGUAACGUUGUCUUUGUCUUCAAGAGCCCUGAUGAUGGCGUUCUUUUCCGGCCCGACGUCCUUGGUGAAGAGCCUGUUCCUCUGCCAGCGUGGAGCCCAGAGGCAACGAAGAGAGAAGUGUUGGCACGAGGGGCUCGGGUUUAA